CUAAAAUCCAGUAAAUUUCAGGGACAAGUCUGCGCGCAGAAGUUACUACACGUCAUUUUCAGUCUUCUGGAUGUUGUUGCCGUUGGUCCUUGUUUCUGUGUGCCUUUGUUUUAGUGAAGCUAGGUCGCAUCGCGUAUUACUUCGAGAUGUAGACGUCAUAACUUUGUAUCAUGAUAAAUUUGCCCAGUCGAGAAAAGGAUAUAGAUUACCCCAGCUUAAAUGUGUUGGUGGAAGUGGUUUCAAGCACCCUCAGUACUAUCCCAAUGUUGUCCAGUGUUAUAAUCGCGGAUUCGAUGGUCGUGAUGUUCAGUGGGAAUGCAAAGCUGAACUAGAUAAGAGUGUAUCCUUUGGGGCCGUGAACGUUAAUUGCGAAGGCUACGACUAUCCAGAGGACGAGUAUAUUGUUUAUGGCUCGUGCGCUCUGGAAUACGAAUUAAAUGUACGAAGCUCUACUCGGAAGAAAAGAUAUCACAGAAUAUUUGAAAAGAUCUAUACACAUGCACAAAAUAAUUCUGGUUACUUUAUAAUUAUUGGAUUGAUUGUAGUAGCUGCUAUGUUAUGGUAUUUUUGUAUUAGACCUACAUUUCCAUGCGACUAUAUCCCACCAACUGGAUUUGAUUUUUCACAGUCACAACAACGACCACCACCUCCAACUUAUGAUGAGACAAUUUUCAAUGAUCAUGAAGACAAUUCUACAAGACGACGUCAAGCUCCAUCAGCACCUCCAGAAUACGGUUGGACAUCAAAUGUUAUGGGUCCAUCACAGUCACGUUCUCGAUGGAAUUGGAAUAAAUCAGAAGAUCAGUCUACUUCAUGGUUAUCUAAUGGGCUGGCUGCAGGUGCUGGAUUUCUUGGAGGCUAUUUUAUGGGAUCUAGAUCAAAUACCAAUCCUGGUAGUGGUUAUUCACGAACUACUCCAGUCUAUACUGAAGAAGAAUCAUUUGUUCGAAGUGGAACUGGUUUUUCAGAUUCACAUUAUAGUUCUUCUAAUACACAUUUUACACAUGAUCGUCGUUCACGAACUCCUUCACCGGAAACUCAUAUAUCAUCGGGUUUUGGCGGUACAUCGCGCAGAUAAUUUUCUAACUACAGAAUUGAUGUUAUUAUAGAAGAUUGAAAUUUACAUUAAUCAAUGAUCAUUCAUCAUCUGUAUCAAUCUAUUUCAAGAUGUUCCUACAGAAUUAUCCUUUGAGUUCAAUUCAAUUUAGUCAUGUACUUUCAUUAUUUUCUAUUUUCACUAUUUCAAUGAUCAAUAACUUGUGUUCGCUGUUAUUUUUUCUCCAACAUUGAACUCAUUGUUUUGUUAUCACCGAGUUUAUUUUUGUUGUCUAUAUGUAUACAUAAUGUGUAUAAAAUGUUAACUGGAAAUU